CGAUGGAAAGAAUUCGGAGCCAAGGCACGCGAGCUGGUCUCAGCAGCGUUUGGGGAGAAGGUCGCGGAUAUGAUGGAGAUACAAGUGCUCGCCACCGAUCCAGAUGCACAAGGCCGCGGGUACGCAUCUGCUCUCGUGAAGUACGUUCUGAGGCAGAGCGAUGCUGACGGUAGAGAUACCUGGUUAGUAACGAGUGAUGCAUACACUUUCUACCAGAGGCUGGGGUUUUCAGUGGUGGGGACAACUUAUAUUGGCAGCAACAAUCCUGCCUGGGACAGAGACCCUGUCCCCAUGUAUGUCGUAAGCGUCACGUCAGUAUGGUCGCGAUAG